UUUCUGAGCCGUCAUAAAAAUUUAUCUGAGACGUAACCGAAUAAAUCCCCGGGAAAGAGACAGCUGUGUUGAUCUUUUCCACCUGACAGAGCUGACUAGAUUAAGAAGAAGAAGGUGCGCUUAUUUGCAAGUACCUGUAUUCGAGACAAUGCCAUUUUGUGAGACCCGGAUAUCCGAAGUGACUAUGCGUUACAGUGCAAUGCCCGUGGAAUAAAUAGCUUUUCCUUUUUUUUUUUUUUUUUUUUUUUUUUUGUGUUCAAUCAUGUAUUUUGAAUAUACUUAGGUAUUCGGAGCAGCAUGAAGCCUUUCGAUAUGGAACUCGAAUCCAAGAAUUCGGUUUCCGGAGUGCGAAAGGUGAUUGUUCUGUUUGGCAUAAUAUUUUGCACUAUAGUGACACUACUGCUGAUUGUCCUCUAUUAUCCAUCUAGUUCUGAGGAAAAAGAAUUUGACAAUGAUUUCAAGAAAAUGGUUUCUGUGGGCAGCUCUAGAGACUGGGGCAUCACCAACGAGGAUGCGUCCAAGACCCGAGUAGAGGAUGUGGCUCGAGCGCUGGAGGAUUUCGGUGCAGCUUUUCUUGCCCUUGUUGCUGUCUGCUGCGUAGCAGUCGGUCUGACGUGCCUUUUCUGCGCUUGCUGCAUACUGAAAUAAAGUGAUAAGAAUGCAGACAGGAGAUAGGUUUUGUUACAGUACGAAACAUACGAGAAAGUAAAAUAAUAGUAAUAAGAAGAAUGAAAAUAUAGUUAUAAUUCUUGCAAUGUAUUGGAUAGAAUCCAGUUGUAUUCGAGCUUUUUCGAAGAAGUCACUUUGGAGUAAAGCUGGCGUGUCUGUAGAUCUAUUUUAAGCCCCGUUCCGACGACCUGUGGCCUUACGGAUUUGGUCAUAAAUCUGCCAACUGACACAUUGUUGGACCGCCCUUUCCUGUGGAUGGCGAUUGGGAGCUUUCUGCAAAUUGCCAGAAAGCCACAAGAGAGGGGAGAGAGAGCAAAAUGUACCAGACUCAAGGCGGACACAGGUCGUCGGAACAGAACUUUAUAAGCAUUGGAACAAUUUGUUGAUUUUCCCUUCUGAAGUGACAACUAUUUAUGAAUGAAAUCCUACAUCAUUGCUCCACCUUUAAAGGAGCGCACAAAAAAAUGUCUUUCGGGGCUUGAUUCGAACUGCCCGGAGAGCGCAACACACAUUCAAUAUUUGGUUGCAUCAAGCACAGCAAUAAUGCUUGAAAACUUGCCAUAAUUACCAUGGUGCAGGUGUCAACCUGAUAGGCUGAAUAAUCGCUAUCUAAUGUUUCCAAAUAUAUGCUUAGCUGCUUUAUUUUUUUGUGAAUACUCCGGGGAGUGAUUAUUGUAUAAAAAGGUUUGUUUCUGUAGUACUUCGACUACAUGCUAAAACAAAUUUAUCCACAUUUUUUUUCUUUUUCUACUUGCCGAUUUAGAAACAUCAAUCCAAACUCUAUUUACUAAAUCUUGAAUGUUUUGAGAUUUAAUCAUUUCAUGAGCAGUAUGAAAUCAUUAUCAGCACAUAAUAUUAUGAUUAUGAUUCAUUAUUUUCUCAUUAACAAUCAAUAGAAAAUAUUGAAUUUAGUGUAUCCCGACACCAGGAAGAACAGCAAGCUUGAAGCAGUUAAUAAUCUCACAAUCAUUAUGAAAUUAUAAUCAAUAAAUCCUUUUCUGAUUUGUUUAAUAGAAUUGAUUAUCACUAGAAAUUUUUCCUAAAACUGAUUCCCUCUCGAAUUGAAAUUUUUGAUACCGUGUUGUGUUUUCAUAUAUUUAUUUUCAUAAUUCAUUCUAAAUUCAUAAAUAAAUAAAUCAUUUUCUGAUUUGUUCAAAAGAAUUGAUAAUCACUAGAUUUUUCUAAAAACUGACUCCCUUGUGAAUUGAAAUUUUUUUUUUAUGCC